UUUCCUUGUCACAGCUCCAGGACGUGGACUGGACUGAUGUCGCUGCGUCUUCUUCCUGCCUUCAGCACAGACAACGAGGAUGAUGACGAUGGAAAUUUCACCAAGUGGAUGAGCAGUUACUGGGGUCAUGGUGCCGAGGGCGGAGCUUCCAGGAAACGCAGUUUCAGGAAAAACCCUAAAACACAUGUGGAUCGAAGGGCGUCGCUGCCAACUGUGUCUCAGUUGGACGCCAUGAGGUUGAACAGACUCCACGCAGCUGCUGUGGCCUCUGCCUCCAGUCACACGCCUGAGGUCAGAGGUCACCAGAGAGCGCGACGCACCUCUUCCGACGACAACAGUCGACCGACGGCCGACUCGACGGACAACCGCAUCGGUACCAUCCCGGAGCUCACAGAGGCCUUCCACAAGAAAGUGUGUGUGAGAGAACAGAGGGCAGGGCCUGGGAUGAUCUUCAGCUCAGACGACCACCGUCACAGCCACGGCAGCAGCAGCAGUGAUGCAGCAGGAAGUUCAGUAUGGACAGUGUCCACCUCCAAACCCUCAGAUCGGAGAAGGUCCACAGAUGGACAGAUGACCACGGAGAAGGAGACGCAGUCACUCAGACGCCAGCUUUCUCUGCGAAGACAUCGUUGAUAGAACCAGAACCAGCUGCA